AUGCCUCCCAAAGCUGCUGAGAAGAAGCCCACCACUGGUGGCAAGGCCCCAGCCGGCAAAGCUCCCGCUGCUGAGAAAAAGGAAGCCGGAAAGAAAACUGCUGCUGCCCCAUCUGGUGACAAGAAGAAGCGUGGCAAGACCCGAAAGGAAACCUACUCCUCAUACAUCUACAAAGUCCUCAAGCAAGUUCAUCCCGACACCGGUAUCUCCAACCGUGCCAUGUCCAUCUUGAACUCUUUCGUUAAUGAUAUCUUCGAGCGUGUUGCCACUGAGGCUUCCAAGCUUGCUGCCUACAACAAGAAGUCCACCAUCUCUUCGCGAGAGAUUCAAACCUCCGUCAGACUGAUCCUGCCUGGUGAACUCGCCAAACACGCUGUCUCUGAAGGCACCAAGGCCGUUACCAAGUACUCUUCCCAGAGCAAGUAA